UCUAGCACGCUUGUUACGACCUCUUCACAGCGAGUACGUCCAUGGAUUCACACUGCUCAAAUGAACUCGACCGUGCGUUUUAUGAAUAACACAUCUUUAACGCAGACGUGGGGUUAUUCACCACGGAGAUCUAAGUUAAACAAACGAUUGACUAAGUAAUUGAGUAAUAAAAGAAUAUGGGAGCUGCACUUCUGCACACCUUUGAGCAGCAGGAUGAUGCAGGCAGGAGUCUGUCUGAGACAGGACACUGAGACAACACUACCAGAGCUCACUGAGCAGCACAGGAUCAGACUGAAAGAAGAGGAACUCAGUGGACUGGAGUCAGAGACAGAGUGUGCUGCACCAGGACUCAACACACUGGAGCCAGAGUGUGUUACAGCACACAGCGGGGUCAGUGAUGGACACCACACACACACAUCAGUGAUCAAAACAGAAACUGAUCUGGGCUCCACCUGCACUGUGGAUCUUAUUAAGACAGAGAGCCUAGACUUUACAGAGCUGGUAUGUAGAACCCAUCUGCACCCUGACCGAAUGAAAACAGAAACUGAUCUGGGCUCCACCCACACUGGGGAUCUUAUUAAGACGGAGAGCCCUGAAAGGACAGAGCUGGGAUAUGUGACCCAUCUGCAUCCUGACCAAAUCAAAACCGAGGCUGAUGAUGGAGGAUACCUGAAGGCAGAACACAUCAGUGACUUUCUGGAUAUUAAAUGUGUUGAUAUUAAAUGUGAUCAAAUCAAGUGUGAGUCCAGUGAAAGUUUAGUGAGUGAUCUCACUGUGACGGUUGGGGCUGGUGUUGAAAACAAAGACAUUACUGAACCAUGGCAAUGUGUAGGAGAGCCAAACCCAAACUGUAAAAAAGAAAGUCAUGAGCUGUCGAUCCAAUGUGGGGACUUAAAUCAUCACUAUGACGGAACCAAUGAAAGUAAUCAGAUGUUUCAUGACAGCAGAAAUGGUUGCCAAAAUGAUUUAAAUUUCCAGAACAUCAAUGUGAUGAUUGAACCCAAGAUAGCUCAUUCAAGUAAAAACUCAAGGCUUUUGAAAUUCAAUCAAAACAAGACCAUUCCGAAAAAUAAAGGUGAAAAGCCACAUAAGUGUAUGCAAUGUGAAAAGUGUUUUUGCAAAAAAUCUGAUUUAAAUGCACACCUGAGAAUUCAUACAGGUGAAAAGCCAUACAAGUGUACACAGUGUGAAAAGUGUUUUUGUAGAAAAUCUGAUUUAAAUACACACCUGAGAAUUCAUACAGGUGAAAAGCCCUAUAAAUGUACACUGUGUGGGAAAUAUUUUUCCCAUACAAGUGGCUUAAAAUGCCACAAGAUGGUUCAUACGGGCGAAAAGCCCUACAAAUGUCCUCAGUGUGAGAAGUGCUUUUCCAAAAUAUCUCAUUUAAAUAUCCACCAGAGAAUUCAUACAGGUGAAAAGCCUUUCAAAUGUACCCAAUGUGGGAAGUGUUUUUCUCAUAGAACUGGUUUCAAUUGCCAUCUGAUGAGUCAUACAGGUGAAAAGCCUUACUCAUGUCCUCAGUGUGAGAAGUGCUUUUACACGAUAUCUCAUCUGAAUAUUCAUCAUAGAAUUCAUACGGGUGAAAAGCCCUACAAAUGCAUUCAGUGCGGAAAGUGUUUUUCCCAGACAAGUGCUUUAAAUCGUCACAAGAUGACGCAUACAGGGGAAAGCCCUGCAGUGGCUCCCAUAUGAAUUAUGAUUUUUCAAAUGUACUUCAUGUAUGAAUCAUGAAUAAAUAAAAAACUUGUUAGUGAUCAAAAGAAAUUGCAAGAAAUUGGUCCCCUUAGACUGCAUUCUCUGCUGGUUUGGGGAAAAAAACCAGUAUGUAGGUCAUUGUGUGUCAUGUUUAAUGAGGGCAUCCUUUACAUCAGGGGUGCUCAACCGCCUUUAUGGCAAUCUACAGUCCUGUAGGUCUUCUAAAUCGGCACCCCUGAUUCUCCUGAUGAGGUGUGCUUUGUUAGGGUUGGAGUGAAAUCCUACAGGACAGUUGAUCUCCAGGAACAGGUCUGGGCAGGCCUUCUCUAGCUGUUGAAUGAGGUGUGCUUUGUUAGGGGGUUGGAGUGUAAUCCUACAGGACAGUUGAUCUCCAGGAACAGGGUUGGGCAGGCCUUCUCUAGCUGUUGAAUGAGGUGUGCUUUGUUAGGGUUGGCGUGAAAUCCUACAGGACAGUUGAUCUCCAGGAACAGGGUUGGGCAGCCCUGCUCUAGCUGUUGAAUGAGGUCUGCUUUGUUCGGGUUGGAGUGUAAUCCUACAGGAUGGUAGAUCUCCAGGAACAGGGUUGGGCAGCCCUGCUCUAGCUGUUGAAUGAGGUGUGCUUUGUUAGGGUUGGAGUGAAAUCCUACAGGACAGUUGAUCUCCAGGAACAGGGUUGGGCAGCCCUGGUCUAGCUGUUGAAUGAGGUCUGCUUUGUUCGGGUUGGAGUGUAAUCCUACAGGAUGGUAGAUCUCCAGGAACAGGGUUGGGCAGCCCUGCUCUAGCUGUUGAAUGAGAUGUGCUUUGUUAGGGUUGGAGUGAAAACCUACAGGACAGUAGAUCUCCAGGAACAGGGUUGGGCAGCCCUGCUCUAGCUGUUGAAUGAGAUGUGCUUUGUUAAGGUUGGAGUGAAAACCUACAGGACAGUAGAUCUCCAGGAACAGGGUUGGGCAGGCCUUUUCUAGCUGUUGAAUGAGGUGUGCUUUGUUAGGGUUGGCGUGAAAUCCUACAGGACAGUUGAUCUCCAGGAACAGGGUUGGGCAGCCCUGCUCUAGCUGUUGAAUGAGGUCUGCCUUGUUCGGGUUGGAGUGUAAUCCUACAGGAUGGUAGAUCUCCAGGAACAGGGUUGGGCAGCCCUGCUCUAGCUGUUGAAUGAGAUAUGCUUUGUUAGGGUUGGAGUGAAAUCCUACAGGACGGUUGAUCUCCAGGAUUGGGCAUCCCGGCUUUACUUGAUGUGCUUUGUGUGUCAGUCCUUGUAAAUUGAAGGGUGAUAUUUUCUGUUAUUGAUGCCAUUGACACCAGUGUACUUUGAAAGAAGCAAUGCGAAAACUAUUUGGGUAUUCUGUAGAAGGAAAGUAGUCAGUAUAUUCCAUUUACUACAAGUCGGGGCUGUAAUGUGCAUGUCAGUAAGAGCUGAUCAUUAGACUCGAGCAGCAUGUUUUAUCUGAGAACAUCCGUGGAGUUUCACUCUUUAUGUUGUAUGCUAAUUAGCCUUUAGCUGUACGUUGCAGUGAAGAAAUUUGGGCACCCCUGGUUUAAAUGUCUGCUGCAAUGAAAACAUGAGACGUUUGUGCACAUUUUUAAAGCAAGAUUGCUUUUUAUUUUCAUUUUUUACUGUUUCUGAAUUUAUUUUUUUAUUUUUGUAAAAGGAAGAAGGCCCUGUGCAAACAUUUGGAUACCAUUUUCAAUUAUUAUUCUUUGUUACUUUUUAAAAAGAUGAUUACUAAGGCCCAGACCCAGGUGAUCUACUCGUUAGGGCUUCAAUUAAUCAGGUGGGUAUAAUUCCAGGGCUGAACCUUCUAUUCUGAAGGAACUCCAUGCCUUCUAAAGUAUCCAACUGCAGUGACUGUUCUGUCUGGUGUUAACAACCUUGGGUUCCUCUAAAGAGUUGUCCAAGGAUUUCAGAAUGAAGAUGGUUCAUUUCCACCCGGAAGAAACUCUUUCAAUGUUUUAAACUACCCAUUUCCACCAUCAGAAACUUUAUUAUGAAAUGGAAGAAAACUGUAACAGUUUAAGUCAAUGCAAGGUCUGGAAGACCAAGAAAGAUUUCAGAUAGAAUGUGCUCUGGUCUGACAAAACCCGAACCUUUCGGCACCACUAAAGAAGGUAUGUUUGGAGAAAAAGGGUGAAGCCUUUGUUGUGGAGAACACCUUGCCAACUGUGAAGCAUGGAGGUGGCUCCAUUAUGCUUUGGGGCAGCUGGGGGCACAAGAAAUAUUGUGCAAGUGGAAGGAAGAAAAGAUUCCAUCAAAUAUCAAGUAAUUCUAGAGGCUAAUGUUCAAAGAUUGUCCAGUCCAGACAUUGAUGUUAAAGCGAGGUUGGGUAUUCCAGCAAGAUGAUCCAAAGCAAACAUCAACAUCAAAAAUUCCAAAAGCGAGAAUGGAUAGAAUCUAAGUUGGCUACAGGAAGCGUUUACAAGCUGUUAUAAUUGCCCCAGGAGGAGUCCUAACUGAGAGGGUUCCCAAACUUUUGCACAGGGCCAUUUCCAUUUUUUAAAAUUAUUUUGAAACCAUACAAAAUUCAAAUAAAAAGUAAGCUUGCUUUAAAAUGUGAAGACAUGUGUCAUGUUUAACACUGUACCAUUUUGCACAUUUUGCACACCACUGUAUUUGGUACUAUGCAUCAAAUAUAUUUAUUGCUGAACUUUCAAAAUGUACAUUGUCACUGAUGAAUAAACUGAAUAAAGAAAAAUAACCUUUCUUUAA